CUUUCAUCCCUUUGUUUUCAGAAUAACUCGGAGGGAGCUGGACGUUGGAGGGCGAGCUGGUGGCAGCCCUUGAUGGAGUCUACACAUGUCCAGCCUGGAGCCCCCGAGCCCCUUCUGUGUAGGAAGAUAAAGGUGUUGGAGGACAAGCUUGAGGAUGCACGAGUCCAUCCUAGGAGGAAACCUCCCUGCCCUGAGAUCUUUCACCAGAGCUUUCGUGCAGACGCGGAUGAGAAGGAGCUGCUGACGUCGCAGUAGUUCAGCCACUCUGGCUGAGGAGACCCAGCUUGGGAAAAGUCAUCAAGGAGAUUCUGACUAUGGAGGACUCGGGCCUGAUGCUUCAGGAGAGAGUUCUGUCUCCUCGAGACUCCGCCCUUCCCCAAGGCAGUAGAAUUACAGAGGAAGAAGGAAUGGCUUCCAGGUUCCCGAUGACCAGAUCCCAGGUAUCAUUGACAUUCCGAGACGUGGCCGUGGACUUCUCGCAGGAGGAAUGGGGACUGUUGGAGCCUGCUCAGAAGGACAUGUACCGGGAUGUGAUGCUGGAGAACUACGAAAACUUCAUCUCCCUUGGUCUUCCCAUUUUCAAACCCAGUACACUUUCCCAGGUGGAGAGAAGAGAAACACCAUGGAUUGCAGAGGACAAAGUUUCACUGAGCACUUACCUGGGAGGACUCCUUUUGCCCCUUUUCCUUGUCUUCCGGGUGGGUGAGCAGCCUUCCCCUGAGCACUUGGCUUUGGCCCAAAGGCCCUCAGCAGAUGCUCCGGGUUCCCUUGGUCAGAGGAUGGGAUGCGAAACCACCGAGUCAGCUCUAAAGCAGUGUAUUUCUACAGGAGAGUCAUCUAGCGAGAGAUUUACAAGGAAUGGUCCGCAGGAUUCUAAAUUGACAGAAACUUGGAAUUGUGACAUCAGGUUAGAGAGGCAGAAAGGCAACCAAAAGAGACAGUCCAGGCAAGUAGCAGUCACCCACAGAAAAACUUCUAAUGAACCAAGUGUUCAUGAAGAUAAUACUUUGUGGAGAAAGCUCAGCCUAGGGUCAAUUUUUGAUACACAGCAAAGAGGUUUUGUAGGAAAAUGCCCCUAUAAAUAUGAUAUACUUGGAAAGAACUUUAAACAGUUUUCAGAACUAAUUAAACAUAAUAAAAUUUCCUUGGGCAAGAAAAUGUCUAAGUAUAAUAAAUGCAGAAAGCCCUUCAGCUACCGCUCAAACCUUAUUUAUUACCAUAGAAUACAUUCUCAAGGAAAAGCAUGUAAAUGUAACGAAUGUGGCAAAGCCUCCAACAUUAACUCAUGCCUUACUGCAAACCAAAGAAUUCAGUCUGCAGAGAAGUCCUAUAAAUGUAAAGAAUGUGGGAAAGCCUUCAGUCGAAAGGGAAACCUUAAAAUACACAAGAUCAUUCAUACUGGAGAGAAACCAUUUGAAUGUAAUGAAUAUGGAAAAACCUUCAGGAAUAAUCAAUACCUAAUUCAACAUCAAACAAAUCAUACUGGAGAGAAAUAUUUCGAAUGUAAUGAAUGUGGGAAAGGCUUCAGGAAAAGCUCAUCCCUUAUACAGCAUCAAAGAAUUCAUACUGGAGAGAAACCAUUUGAAUGCAAUGAGUGUGGGAAAGCAUUCAGCCAGAAGGGAAGCCUUAAUGCACACCAGAGAAUUCACACUGGAGAGAAACCCUAUAAAUGUAAAGAAUGUGGGCAAGCCUUCAACUGGAUGGGAAACCUGAAUACGCAUAAGAAAAUUCAUACUGGGGAGAAGCCCUAUAUAUGCGAUGAAUGUGGAAAAGUCUUCAGCAGGAAGGGGAGCCUCAUCGCUCAUACCAGAAUUCAUACUGGAGAAAAACCUUUUCAGUGCAAUGAAUGUGGAAUAUCUUUCAAAUGGCGUAGAUACCUUAAAGAACAUAAGAAAAUUCAUACUGGUGAGAAACACCUUGAAUGUAAUCAGUGUGGGAAAGGUUUGAGGAAGACCUCAUCUCUUAUGCAACAUCAAAGAAUUCAUAAUGGAGAAAAACCUUAUAAGUGUAAUGAAUGUGGAAACUCUUUCAACCGGAAGGAACAUCUUAAAACACAUAAAAUAAUUCAUACUGGAGAGAAACCGUUUGAAUGUAAUGAAUGUGGGAAAGCCUUCAACCAGAAGGGAAGCCUUAAUAUACAUCAAAGAAUUCAUACUGGAGAGAAACCAUAUAAGUGUAAAGAGUGUGGAAAAGCCUUCAGAUGGAAGGGAAACCUCAAUACACAUGAGAAAACUCACACUGGAGUGAAACCCUAUAAAUGUAAUGAAUGUGGGAAAUCCUUCAGCCGGAAGGGAAACCUUAAUGCACAUAACAGAAUUCAUACUGGAGAGAAACCUUUCCAGUGUAAUGAAUGUGGGAUAUCUUUCAAAUAACCUGCAUAUCUUGUUGACCAUAAGACAUUUUGUGCUGGAGAGAAACCCUUUGAAUAUAAUGUGUUUGGGAAAGCCUUGAGAGGAGUACCUUGUGGAUCAAAUAGUUGUUUUGGAGGAGAAUCUCCAUAAAUGUAAUGAAUAUGGUUCAUUCUUUAUCAGAGACUUCAUGUUAGAGGUGAACUAUAGGAUUGUUAUAAUGGAGAGAUGUCAAAUUCAUCAUUUAUUAAAUAGU